GUGCAGUGGAGAACUUCAUUUUCGACUGUGAGAUGUACUUUCAGGGGAUGGAGACACCUGUUGAUAAGCAGGUUUAUCUUGCUGCUAGUUUGUUAACCGGGAGUGCAAAGUCUUGGUGGCGGUACACCUGCCUGGCCCAUGGGGGCAACGAGACUUUGUACUCUUGGGAUGCAUUCUCUGACGAGCUCUUGUCCCGGUUCCGAGCUGUUAACUCCACACGCCAUGCCAGAGAUAAGCUUGCGGGUCUUAGGCAGGACGGCAGUGUCAGGACGUAUGCUCAAACCAUGCAAGAGUUAUCACUGCAGGUACCCGGUAUCCAGGACGAGGAGCUCCUGGACCGGUUCAUCCGCGGCCUCAAACCCCGCACACGCCAGGAAGUUAUCAUGCGUGAGCCCGAAACCUUCGAGGAAGCGGUUAAGCUUGCUCACCGCUAUGACUCGUUGUGGGGCUCUGCUGGGUUACAGUCUGGUUUUGCACGACCUACAUUUGCAUCUAAUGGGGUGCGGACCUCCAGGGCCCAAACCCCUCUCAGCUUCUCUAACCCCGCGCCCAUCAGGUCAGCUAACCCUAGUGGGACGGGCCCCGUCCCUAUGGAGAUCGACGCGCUUCGGCGCAAAUCCAGGGCACCACUAAACCAAACCGAGCGAGCGCGCUUGGUCAAGGACCUCCCGGCACACCUUCCGCCCGACCGGGGCAUGCCUUUCCACAUCGAAACCCUGCCGGGCACCACCCCGGUCAAUCGCCCCAUCUACCGGCUGUCCCCAACCGAGCUGGAUGAGCUUCGUCGCACCCUCGACGACUUGCUCGCCAAGGGGUUCAUUCGCCCCAGCUCGUCCCCGUGGGGCGCCCCGGUCCUCUUCGCCCCGAAGAAGGACGGAGGCCUCCGAUUCUGCAUUGACUACCGGGGACUCAAUAAGCGGACGGUUAAAAAUGCGUAUCCCCUGCCGCACGAGCACGAGAGGCUUCUUCGGGAGGUGUUCACACGCCUCCGCGCCCACAAGCUGUACGCCAAGGAGUCAAAGUGUGAAUUGUGGCGAACCGAGACCUCCGGUACAAACCGCGACCUUCUACCGGUCGCGUUCGAGAGCAAGCGGCUCAACCGGGCGGAACGCAACUACUCUGCGCGCGACCGCGAGCAACUCGCAGUCGUGCAUGCGACGCACAAGUGGCGUCAUUAUCUCCUUGGCCAACCGGUCACCGUCCGUACUGACCACCGCCCACUCCUCUUCCCUCUCAGGCUGGAGUUCAUGAAGUCCCGCCACCACCGGUGGGAGGAACAAUUGAACCAGUUUAAUCUUACCCUCACCUACCUCGCCCAAAACCGGCAGAAGCAAUAUGCGGACCGUAAGCGACGGCCGCUUAUACUUCAGCCGGGGGACCAAGUGUACCUUUCGACCGCCCACCUAACCCUCUCAGGCCGUACGCAAGUACGCAAACUCGGCCCCAAGUACACGGGGCCAUUCACCAUUUUGCAGGCGGUCAACGACGUUGCGUACAAGUUGGACCUCCCCGAGCACAUGCGCGUACAUCCGGUUUUCCACGUAUCCCUGCUCAAACCGUUCACGCCCAAUGACGACCUCCGCUUCCCCGGGCGGGAAGCCCCGCCUCCACCUGCCCUUAUCUCUGAUAGGGACCCUGCCUUCACAAUCGACCGGGUCAUCGACACCCGGGCGGUUACUCGACGAAACUCCACCCGGACCCAGUACCUGGUUACGUUCCGCGAUCAACCCUUCCAUGAAGCACGGUGGGUUGACUCGACCUUGGUUCAGGCUGCCCCCUCUGGCAACAACGAGGACGUUGCUGCGAUUUAG